AUUUAUUAAAAAACUUUCGGUAGUUUAGUUAUAAGCAUAAUUUCGGCUUACGGCUUAAAAUUCGAGACGCGGCGUCAAGCAGUCACUUAUAAAAACAAAAAAAAUACAUUGAUACUAAAAUACGUCGCCACUAACUAUUCGACUUACAGAAGAUAAUAAACAACAGUGCAAGUAAAAUUGGCCAUAGAAUUAUUAAACUAAAUUCGAUAACAAGGAAAUUCGAGAUGUUUGUUAAACAAAACGGAACGAGAAAAUAACCUAGAAGAAGAGCUUAAUCGUGAUCAUAUGCGGUGGAAGCUUUUUAAAUGGUAAAAAGAAGCACAAGGACAAAAAACAAAUGGUUUAUUUGUGAAGAUUACGUACACAAUAUGUUUGAGUUCAUUUUCAUUAUUUCUAAAGAGCAACCCUCUAGAUCGGUGCUUCCCAAACUUUUUUGUGCCAUGCCCCACUGUAACAUUUCUAAAAUGUUUAUGCCCCCCAUUACAUAAUUUUUAACAUUAAAAAAUGGAUUUGUUCAAUUAAGAAACAUAAAUUAUAGGUUUUAGAAAGAAACCACUAUGAAAUUGUUAUUAGAACACAGUAAGUAAUAUUUCAAAACAUAUAAUAAAAAGCUGAAAAUAAAAUUCAAAAUAAUUUUAAUACAGAUUUUCUGUAUUAAUUUUGUGCGAGUGCUCCCUCAAUUAUCAAAUUGCCCCCUUGUGGGACGUGGGCCCCACCUUUAGGAAACACCGCGCUAAAUGGAUUUCUAAACCUUAAUAUCAACAUUAAAGGGUCAAGGUAUAUAGUUGAUAAACAGGAAAAAAUAUGCCUGCUGUCUGUAUGUCUGCAUAAAUCUAGAUACAAAUACUUUGUAGCAUGUUUAGGUAACAGCGUGUUGCGGGUGUUACGAUUUGAAAGGUGGGAUAGAUACAAUUCAAUUAGACUUGACCAAGGUGGAUAGCAGUUAUCAUGCAAAUGUCCAUGGGCUUCAGUGUUUGCUUAAGAUCCGGUGCGCCACAAGCUCGUGGACAAUCUCUGCAUUAAAGAAUAGGUAACAGAAAUUUCAACGGGUGCUUACAAUAAAAUAGAGUUAUAACUAUAUCAAUAGAUGGCGCAACUACAAACCCAAGAAAAUGGUUCUAUCGUUGAUCAGCAGGUGGCACUCUAGCAAAAGAUUUCAGAAAAAUUUAAUAGACGUGUAGUGGAGUAAAAAUUCAUUCUAUCAAAUUUAGCACGGAAAGCAAUGUUUGUUUCUUAUUAGAAUAUUUAAUAAAUAAAUAAACCAUAAAACAUUAGUAGAAUGACUUCGAUGGAUUUCAUGAGUUUCUCAAUAAAAGAUUUAAAUGCGAGCUCGAAAUUUUACAAUGUUCUUUUUCCACGCGCACGUUUUAGGAUGUGCGCUUUCGCCUGAAGUUAGUGUUGUUCAAUGUCAACAGUACAAUAUGAGUCAAAAUCGAACGUCCAAAUCUAGUCCAGUCGGCAGAGUGAUCGUUGCCGUUUAGGUAACCCGCGCAUGUAGCGUCCCCGAUGCUACGCCACCUUUAGUUCGAAUAAUGUGGAGACUCUUACAAUUUUAACACUUCAAUGUGACCUCUAACGUAACCUGAAUGGAAUAGUGAUGUGAAUUAGUACAACUGUAGUGCGGUAAAAAUACGCAAAGUUUUUCAAGUCGUUCCCCUUGCGUAGAUUUUUGUAUUAUUCAUAAAACUAUUAUUGAGGAUACCCAUGCCCAUGUAAAUCUAAUAAUUUUUCCUGUACGGUAUAUUACAAAUAAAGAAAAUGUCUAGAAGAAGAAUUAUUGCAAGUGGAGUAGCUGGCGUUGCGGGUGCAGCCUUAGCCGUGUGGGCCUUCUCCGCCGAUGACUCUCCGGUUAACUGGUACUCAGCAGCAACAGUGUCAGCAAAGACCGUACGCAAGAAGCGUCCUCUGCCAACCAGAACAGAACAAGUGGCCAAUCUCCAAGCUGGGCACACGUACGAUUUGCUCAUCAUUGGAGGCGGCGCCACGGGAGUUGGGUGUGCACUCGAUGCAACAACUAGAGGUCUCCGAACAGCCCUAGUAGAAGCAGACGAUUUUGCUAGCGGUACAUCCAGUAGAAGCACGAAGCUCAUCCAUGGCGGAGUCAGGUACCUACAAAAGGCCAUCAUGCAACUCGACUAUGACCAGUACAAGAUGGUUAAAGAGGCUCUGCACGAGCGCGCUAAUAUGCUGGAAGUCGCACCACACUUGACUAGGCCCCUGCCUAUUCUUCUACCAGUAUACAAAUGGUGGCAAGUACCGUAUUAUUGGUUCGGUAUUAAAAUGUACGAUUUCGUUGCCGGCGACAGAAACGUUAAGAAUUCUUAUUAUUUAUCGAAGAAGAAUACUCUUGAGUUGUUUCCAAUGUUGAAAUCGGAUAAUCUAUGCGGAGGAAUUGUCUAUUAUGAUGGACAACAAGACGACGCUCGAAUGAACUUAGCGAUUGCACUGACGGCCGCCCGUCACGGCGCCACCAUUGCUAACCACGUCAGCGUCACCAAACUAUACAAGGUAGCCGGGAAACUGAGCGGAGCUAGACUGAAGGACGAGUUAUCCGGCAAGGAAUGGGACGUGCAAGCAAAGUGCAUUAUCAACGCAACCGGCCCAUUCACGGACAGCAUCAGGAAAAUGGACGAUCCCAAAAUCAAAGAUAUCUGCUGUCCAUCUUCAGGAGUACAUAUUGUGUUACCCGGAUAUUACAGUCCCGAACACAUGGGCCUGCUAGACCCGGCAACAUCCGACGGCCGCGUCAUCUUCUUCUUGCCGUGGCUGAAGGGUACCAUCGCCGGAACAACGGACCUGCCCUGCCAAGUCACCCACAACCCUAAACCCACUGAAGACGAAAUCAUGUUCAUCCUUAGCGAAGUCAAGAACUAUUUGAAUCCGGACGUUGAAGUCCGGCGCGGUGACGUUCUGUCCGCGUGGUCCGGGAUCCGGCCGCUAGUGUCGGACCCGAACAAGCCGGACACGCAGUCCCUGGCGCGGAACCACAUCGUGCACGUGUCGCCGUCCGGCCUCGUCACCAUCGCGGGCGGCAAGUGGACCACGUAUCGGUCCAUGGCCGCCGAGACCAUAGAUGCCGCUGUGGAAAGUGCAAAUCUCAAACCAAUCUUCAGGGACAGUCAGACUGAUGGAUUCUUAAUAGAGGGAGCCCACGGAUGGACUCCUACUAUGUACAUCAGAUUGGUGCAAGAUUUCGGAUUGGAGAUGGAAGUCGCCCAGCAUUUGUCGAAGUCGUACGGGGACAGAGCGUUUGCUGUUGCCAAGAUGGCGACCAUGACCGGGAAGAGAUGGCCAAUCAUCGGCAAGAAAAUACACCCUGAGUUCCCGUAUAUAGACGCUGAGAUUCGGUAUGGAGUCCGUGAAUAUGCCUGUACAGCUAUAGAUAUGAUAGCUAGACGACUUCGUCUCGCCUUCCUCAACGUUCAAGCGGCCGCCGAAGCACUGCCCGUUGUCGUUGACAUCAUGGCCGAGGAACUCAACUGGAACGAGGCUGAAAGGAAGCGUCAAAUUAAAAUGGCAAACGAAUUCCUUGCAAACGAAAUGGGCCAGAUGGUGAACCGAGCUAGUCGCGACAAGAUCCCCAUCAACCUGAGCAAGGAGGAGAUACAGACGUACAUCAAACGCUUCCAGAUCAUAGACAAGGAUCGGAAGGGAUUCGUGUCUAUUAACGACAUUCGGAGGAGUCUUAAGAGUAUGGGAGUGAAACCCAGCGACGCUGAAAUAAGUGCGAUUUUAUCGGAAAUAGACGUGACAUACCACGGACAAAUGGAAAUACAGGAUUACCUUCAGAUGAUGUCGGCCAUUAAAUCUGGUCACGUGGCGUACUCGCGUUUCGCUCGAAUGGCCGAGAUGGAGGAGGAGCAUCAUGAAAGGGAAACCCUGAAAAAGAAGAUCACCGUAGAGAGGAGCGGCGGUGGACUGUAAAUGAAUCUUUAGCGCACUUAGAUCAUCGCACCGUUAUGAACGCUUAACGUGAUUUCACAAACAGCUUAGUAUUAUUAUUUAUUUGUCAAUACGUAAUAAUAACCUUAUGGUAGUUUUUUACGUCCUUUAUUCUAGGUUCCUUGAAGAGAUUGAACAAAGACAUGAGUUUUUUUUGUUGUAAAUUUGUACAUGUUUUAUUUUGUAACUUGCACUCACAUUUACCAAAACGUGAUUGCUUAGUGUGAGUUUUUUAAAUUAAUUUAUUACUAGAAUGUUUUUUGUUGUUGUUUUUUUUGUAAAUAAAAGACAUGUUAAUUUUCGUUGGCGGAAAAUGACAACGACUGUAGAUAAGAUGAACUCGAUCCUAUUCGAUUAUAUUAAAUUAAAUUUACGAUUCUUAAAACGCACUUUUUAGCCAAAUUAUUUAUCACAUUAGAAGAAUUUCAAUGUGACGUAUGGUGUUUCAACCACAAUUGAGCUUGAUACUUAUAAAAACAUACACAUUAAAUCAGAUAAGAAGUUAAUGAAUAAUUUUAAUGUAGAUACUCCUUUCAUGUACGCAAAAUUGGAACGAGACUGCGAAUUUUCGAAAACAAAAUGCUUUAUGUUAUUAACAGAAUUUAUAAUAUACCCAAAAAAGCCACUGCUAACAGAAAAACGAAAGAAAUUAGUGAUUUCGUUCGUACAAACUGCCUUACUGACAUUAAAAACAUACACUUUAAGACAACAUUGCACAUUGUCUUUCUAUGUCACUUUCUACUUCAUGAAUUUGACUAAAUUAUUUGUACCUUUUUUAUAAUAAAUUAUUUUUAACGCAUGAAAAUGAAUCACAUAUGUAACGUGCAAUAAAUUAAAUCAUUAAAGAAAUAA